AGGCCUGGGCAAUUUAAAUUUGUUGCCCGAGUUCCGAGCGCGAAGGCUUCGAGCGCUGCUUCCCUGGAAGAAGCUGUGUUGAGCAAAUUGGCCGAGACCUGCAGAUCAAGGAUCGGGCGAUGCUGUGGAUCUGGAAGGGGGCCAGGAGGGCGCUGGUCGUCGGCAGGAGUCAGACAUAUACGCCGUGCACAGUGGCACUGGCUAAGCGGAGCUUCAAUGUCUCACCAGCGAGCGCACAGCAGAGGAAACAGAAGUCGGUGAAGUGGAACGACUUGCCCUUGAGCGCUGUGGACGAGGAUGGCGUGACGAGGGAGCCUCUCCCGAGCUUCGAGAAACGAUCGAGUGCGAAGGACUCGCCCCGACGAAGAAGAGGAGAGCUGGAGACAGCAGAAGAGGAAGAGGGCAAAGCGCAAGCUUCGACGCUCGGCCUGGUCGUUGAUCGAAUCGACGAGCUCGGGCCAGAGGGACAAGAAUGGACACCGCUAGCAAAGGAUGUUCUGACGAACCUCGCUCGCUUCCCCGGCUGCAUCCUCCUCACACGAGUCGGUGGCUUUUACGAGUCCUAUUUUGAGCAGGCACCUGUCCUGGCCAAUCUCACGGGCAUCAAGCUGGCUAAGCGGACCUUUGGAGGCAGAACGGUGCCCAUGGCCGGCUUCCCCAUCGUUCAGCUCGAAAAGUACCUCAAGGUGCUCGUGCAGGAUCACGGCAAGCUCGUAGCGAUCUGUGAUGAGUUCAAGGCUAUCACUACGCCAGCAAACAAACGCAUCAGCAAGAAGGAGGAAGACGGGGACGUCCGACUGAAUGAAGCACCGCAGGUCACCAUCACACGGCGUGUCUCGAGGGUCGUCAGUCGAGGCACGCUCAUCGACGAAAAGUUCUUGGAUCCCUUUAGCUCAAAUUGGGUCCUCUCCGUCACGGCUGACGCUGCAGGCAGGUACGGCCUGGCCUGGCUCGACGUGGGAACGGCCGACUUCGACACGACGACGUGCUUUGACGUCGAGUCUUUGAGAGACGAGGUGGCGAGAAUCGGACCGAGAGAGGUAGUCGUCCAACCCGGUCUCUUUAAUCGACCGAGCCACUCUCUUCCAUCUUCGUAUGACAACCAAGCGAUGGAGCCUGACGGAAGCCCGUUCUGGGAGGCCAUCAAUCGCGAGCAGAUGCACGUCUGCCUGGCUGCCCCGUCGCUAGACGACUCCCCCGAGUACAGCGACGACGACGCCGAGACACGAGCUGUCAAGAGCCUGACGGAACACAUUCGGACUCGUUUGCUGGACAGUAUGCCCGAAGACCUCGAUGUGUUGGCUUUCCACCAGCAGGAGGGCGAGGAGGGAGGGCAGCCGCCGCUCCUGCAUCGCCAUCUCGGCCGACGGCGAGAGACUGAGACUAUGCAUAUCGACGCGCAUACACUGCUCGCUCUGGAGGUGCGUGCCUCUGCCACCGGCAGCACCAGCGGCAGUCUUCUUUCGACGGUGCGGCGGACCAUUACAAAGGGCGGGUCUCGCCUUUUGUCCGAGUGGCUCACGGCGCCCAGCACCCUGCUGCCCGUCAUACACAGAAGGCAAUCCCUCGUCGAUCUGUUCGUCAAACAAGGUUUUCUUAGGCAAGAUCUCAGAACCUGGCUACGAAAGGGCGUGGGCGACGUCUCGAGGGCACUACAGAGGAUAACAACGAGUCGUAAUGACGAGCAGGACCUACUUGAAAUACGCGACUUUGUCGCCACUUGCAAGGCGCUCGUCGAGCUGCUCGGCGAAGAGAUUCAGCGGCAAGGUGGCAAGGACGGAGAGGAAGGCUGGAAGACGCUGCAGACGCUUGUUGAUCGGUUUCAGUCGCUAGACGAGCUUGGCGCGAGGCUGGGCGAUGCCAUUGAUGAGGGAGUCAUUGAGAAGAGAUCAAGGGAUCAGGAAGAAUUGGCGAGGCAGAGGCACGAUGAGGUACUCGAAGACGUCACUGCAGCAGCUGUGAGGCGAGAUGAGGGUCUGGGUGAGGCCAGGGCCUCUGCAAGCAAGAUCAAGAUUGGCAACAAGCAAAGAGCGGACAAAGACGAUCAAAGCGAGGAGCGCAACGGCAUUUGGGGGACGGCCUUUGAGCACAUGAUUCGGCCAAACGCAUCGAAAGAGCUCACCUCGCUGACCAAGGAGCAUGUUGCAUUGCGUCGACGUGCUGCUCGCUUUGAGCAGGAGCUUCGGCGGAGAAUGGGCACGGAGAAGUUGACGCUUCGUAACGUACAGAAACAGGGCUUUGUUGUGCACGUCCAAGAGGGUGGUGCGUCCAAGAGUAAGGGCGACGACGAAGAGCUGGGCAAGAUGUACCUCUCUGCACACGGAAAGACAUUCCGGACUUAUCUUCAUCCGGAGUGGACAAAAUUGGGCCGCAAGAUGGAGCAUGUAGAGCGUCAACUCUUGGAAAGGGAAGCGAUGGAGCUUCAAAGGCUACGCCACGAUGUUCUUGUCGAAGCCAUGGCUAUUCGGCGCAAUGCCCGCCUCGUCGACGAAGUAGAUGUCCUCACAAGCUUCGCCCACUUGGCUGUUGAGCGCAGGCUUGUAAGACCCGUCGUCGACGACUCAGGCGUGCUGGAAGUGAAAGGUUGUCGGCACUUGGCUGUCGAGACGGGCCUUCUGGCGCACGGCAGGUCAUUUACGCCAAACGACGUUGAAAUGCACCCGCAACGCCACCGGCUUCAUCUUGUCACGGGCCCCAACAUGGGUGGAAAAUCCACCUUCUUAAGACAGGUGGCUACACUCUGCCUCAUCGCACAGACGGGCUCGUUCGUGCCUUGUGAGUCAGCUCGCAUCGGUCUUGUCGAUGGCCUCUUCUCGCGCGUUGGCGCAAGGGACGAUGUCGCAAGAGACCGCUCUACGUUUAUGGUGGAAAUGGCCGAGACGUCUGAGAUUCUCAAGCGAGCCACCAAGAGGUCUUUGGUCAUAGCUGACGAGAUCGGAAGGGGCACGACGACAGACGUGGGCGUUUCCAUCGCGCUCGCGACGCUCAGAACGCUCUUGGAAAAGAAUGGGUGUCGAACAUUGUUUGCGACACACCUGCACGAGAUUGCCGAUCUUCUAUCGAAACGGCACGAGCAGAGCCCAGGAGAAGAGGAGGGGGUCAAAUUCGUGUGCACAGACGUAGAAGAGGACGAGAGCGAUGGCAGCAUCAUCUUUUCGCAUCGGUUGAGAGACGGAAUCAACCGCGAGUCACAUGGCUUGAAGGUGGCAAAGUUGGCAGGUAUGCCAGAGGAAGCCCUCGCGGUGGCGGAAAAGACACUGGUGUGGCUCAGGGAAGCCCGGCAGCCCUUACAUCUGUAAUCAUUAGAUACUCGCCGCAAUUAUACCAGUUUCGACCUCUG